GUUAGGGCAGGCCCGCCUUUGAUAAGAACCAUAAAACCAUAAAAGUUUAAACAGAAGAUAAACUGGUGUUAUGUACUCUCUGAGCAUCAGGCAAGACCCGAACCCUCAAACUAAAUAAUAUUUUAAUAUAAGGAUAAGAUACUGUACAGCUGAAAUGCUUUAACCGUGUGAAUAGGAGGAAGGUGAGAAAAUGGCGCAAAGCUCAAGCGGAGCACAGACAGUUGAUGUUUAUUCACACAAAUCACCGUCAGAUGAACCCAAAUCAGAUCUUCGUCUCGUUUUGCUGGGUGGAGAUUGUGCUUAUAACAAUUACGCAGCUGACAUUAUACUCAGGUCUGAUAAUAGGAAGGAAACAAGCAAUCCUAAAAAAGGCAACAUUAGAGAGGGGACUGUUGAUGGAAGACAGGUCUCUGUAUAUGUGGCUCCUUCCUACUGGAUGAACCACUUGGCCUCAUAUUGGAUUUUCUCGAAUGGAGUCGAGUCCAUCAGAGAUGAGAUUCAAAACUGUACAUUAGUAACAUUUCCUGGCCCUCACGCCUUCCUGCUAGUGAUGCGAGCUGGACACACUACAUGGAAAGAACAUCAUCUUUUAAAAGCAAUAACCUACAUGUUUGGAGCUGAGGCUUUACAGUACACAAUGGUAUUAUUUGUUUAUGGAGAAGAAUGGGAAAAUCCAAGAGAUGCACUGAAAAACCGCUGUGUGAAGAUGUGUGGAACAAGGUUCUACUUUUUGGAGAACAGUGAUGAAAGUGUCAAAGAGUUUUUCAGAAGAAUUGAUGCAGUGACACAGAAGAAGAAAAAAAGCAGAUUUUUUAUUCAGAACUUCUAUGAAAAUAUCAUGAAAAUGUAUUUUGAACCUUGGGAAAGGGCUCAGGAAAAUAACCGAAAAAGAGAACUGGAAGAACUGAAGACAGAGCAACGUCUGAGGGAGGACGUGCUAAAGACAAAACUUGAUACACUUAGACAAACUGAGAGCGAUUUGAGGAAGGAGCUGGAAGUAUCCAGACAUCACAAGAGUGUGUUACAGAAGGAUUUGGACACAGCUAGGCAAAGUGAGAAACAAUUAAGAAUGAAGCUGGAUGAAUUACAAGGCAGUGAAGCAGAACACUUGAAAGGUGUACGGCGCAACAGCAAAGACUUUGAACAACCAGUCAUGCCAGAAAACAAGAACAAGCCUCUAGAUGACCUCUAGAUGACCUUUAGAUGACCUGAAAAAAAUUUAGUGUAGUGACCAUUCAUUCAAUCGACACCCGAUUGCAUGAGCAACCUCCAAGUCUCCAAGUGGGAUCGCAGUGGAUCUUCAGUCCCAACACAUCUCUCUCUGCCACCACGGUCGUGUGGUCGCCAGAGCACCAGGGCCCGCCACUCUCCACCGUUUGAGGAAACCGAGGUUCUCUGUCCAUUCGCAAAACCUCACAGUCAACUUCCCCAACCCAGUGUGUAACUGACACCAUUUCUCAGCUGGGAGCACCUGUUAUAAAAUAGUUAUUGUCUUUCUUAUGUACCCAGAUCAUUUAGGAUCUCAGGAUACUGUGUAAUAUGUAGAUACUUUUGUCUUGUGUUUUGUUUUCAUAAUCUACUAACCUCCAAAACAGGUUUUUUUUAGGCUGAUGGUACGCUUAAUCCAUGACCUAAACUAGCAUAAGUAUAUCAUAAAUGCCAGAAAUGUAAAUACAGAUGCUGGAGAUCGAUCGGUUUACUGACAAUCACAGUUGUAGUCCAUGAAUGGGAUCCAAAUACAGACAAAAUCAGAAAACCUGAGAAAACUGUUCUACAUGGAUUAGAAACAAAGACCAGGCUUGUAAACACACAUACAAUACAUAUAGGCCCUAUAUACUAAUAAGUAGAGUGAGUAAUGACCAUAUAGUCAUUUUGUAUCUGAAUAUCUUGUUCACACAGGAAAUCCCACCAUGCACUGCAAUAAGUUAUUGUACAAGCAUCUCUUGUUGGGACACUAUGCUGUUAAUAGGAAAUAUGGCAACAUUUUGGUCACAGUGAAUGAACCAAUGAAGAGAUAUAAAUACACAGUAUAAUAUAACAAAAGUGAACUCUGGUUAGAGACACAAAACGUUUAAAAUUGUGUCCAAACAUGAAACAGAAGAACAUUGAGGGCAAAGUCUACAAGCCAGCAGAUUAAAUGACGAGUACCAGAGAUCAGCGUGAGAGCAGCAAGAGCAAGAGUGUUGUAUUAUUUCAGAUUUUGGGUUAUGGGAGUUUAAUACAAAGAUGGUUUGUAUUAGUUUCUGCUAAGCCUAUGAAUAGAGGUGCAAUAUUUUUUUUUCAAAUAAAAGAUCUUUUAAAGAUUGAAAAAGGUGAAUAAAGCUGUUCAAUACAAAAAGAAGAAGAUUCAUCCAUGUAAUUUUUUUUAUCCAAUGCCUUUA